CCUGCCGCCGCACCUGCUCCCCCUGCUCCUCCCCACCCCGCCGAAGAGGUUCGAACGAUAUUCAUCACAGGGCUUCCGGAGGACGUGAAGGAGAGGGAGCUACUGAAUCUGAUGCGGUGGCUUCCCGGAUUCGAAGCGUCUCAGCUGAAUUUCAAGGCCGAAAAGCCCAUGGGCUUCGCACUCUUCUCCACCGCCCACCAAGCAAUUGCCGCCAAGGACAUCCUUCAGGACAUGCUCUUCGAUCCCGACACCAAGUCCGUCCUCCACACCGAGAUGGCCAAGAAGAACCUCUUCGUCAAGAGAGGGGCUGAUGCGGGUGCGUUUGACCAGAGUAAGCGAUUGCGGACAGCUGGGGAUUAUACGCACACUGGUUAUACAAGUCCUUCCCCUUUCCAUCCUCCACCACCACCCGUUUGGGGACCACAUGGGUACAUGGCUCCACCGCCGCCUCCUCCAUAUGAUCCAUAUGGAGGCUACCCCGUUGCGCCAGUGCCAAUGCCUGCUCCUGCUCCAAUAGCAGCGCCUAGCAGUUAUGUUCCAGUUCAGAACACAAAAGAUAACCCUCCUUGCAACACCCUGUUUAUUGGGAACUUGGGAGAGAACAUUAAUGAGGAAGAAGUGAGGGGCCUUUUCAGUGCACAACCUGGUUUUAAGCAAAUGAAGAUUUUAAGACAGGAGAGGCAUACUGUUUGCUUCAUUGAGUUUGAAGAUGUGAAUAGUGCUACCAAUGUACACCAUAAUUUGCAGGGAGCUGUUAUCCCAAGUUCUGGUUCAGUUGGCAUGCGAAUACAAUAUUCAAAGAAUCCAUUUGGAAAGAGAAAAGAUGGCAAUGUACCACUUGCUGUUCCUGGUGCCAACGGAACUCCACCAACAAAUAUGACUUAUCAAUAGCUUGAAGGGGAUGUACUCUGUUCUUUAUGAUCCAAGACAUGUUUCUACAUGAUAGGAUGCAUCUUGCAGCUGUUACAUGCAUCCAUUGAUUAUCAAGUCAUCACCAUUAGCAUCCCUGCUCAUGUGAAUGAAUGCACUGUGGCAUCAUAUACAUACAUUUGGCUGUUAUACUCAUCAGACAUGCAUCUCUUUACAGCAUGUGUUGGUUCUAUAUUACUUUUCUAGUUGUUUAGAUGACAUUGUCAUUUGUAGAGCUGAUGCAUGUGUCUUAAUUUUGUUUGAACUGUGUGCUUUGCUGUCAUAUAUAUUCUAUGUUCAUUGAUGCUAGGAAUGCUUAUCCAAAAAGCAUGAAGCUAACAACUUUCCAAUUAUAGGAUCAUUUGUUGCUUAUUUGACAUCAUAUCUUACACUGAUGCUUUAAUUUCAUGGCACAAAUUCUCUAGGAUACGGAGAAAUAAGGUCACACCAAUAGUCAUGCUUCCCCCCCUUAAGCUAUCACAUUGUCAUUACACCACAUUUUUAGCCUCUUUAGUUUCAUCUGAAACUGAAUCCAUCAUGGCUAAUCAUGCUUCCUCUUCUGCCAUCAUUACUAUUGUCAUCAAACCUCAUUCAUGGCCUUUUUUAGCAACUGAAUACGUCAUCACUCCAUUUGAUCAGAGCAUUGAUAUUGAUGCUUUGAAAUUCAAGCUAUUGAGAGCUAUUCAAGAAAUUUGGGGAGUUAUAUGUUGUCUGAUUUAUACAGGACUUCAAUAGGACAAGCUUUUAUUUGAUAAUGGGAGGUUCGGUACUGCUGCUGCCAUAUUGUUGCAGUGAGACACAGUUUACUUAACGAGUAUCUUCAUGAUUCAACUAACAAUUUAGGUUAUUGGACAUUUGCCACUGACAACGUUUCCAGUGCUUUUCAGAACAGAAUGGACCUACCUGGUUUAUAUUUUCUGCAGUCAUACUACAAUAUAUUUGAUGAGGUUGCUUAGGAAGUUGGUUUACAAAUGACCUAAUUCAUAUUUCAUUUAUUUCCGCGUAAUCUGUCAACCUACUUUUCAUGGGGAUGAGGUAUUCUCCACUAAGGAUGUGAUACAUCACCUGCUGAAAAUGAUAGGAGUUACGAUGUAAAUUUGGAGUACUUUCCCCAUAUUAUAGCACAUUUAACUAUUUAUAAUUGUGGUGAAGUCCACAUUAUUUUA